AUGGAGCAAUUUCCUGUCGUAGCUGUAAUGCUUUUUUUCGUCAAUUUCCUCUGCCGAAAAGGAGGCAAUUGUGAUGUGGAUGUAAGUGUUCGUUGUGCUUGUCGAGCUUGUCGUUUAACGAGAUGCAAAGCUGCUGGGAUGCGUGAAUCGGAUGUUCAACCAAAAAGAGACCCUACAGGAAGUCAAAAGAAUCGCCGUGCACCUCAAAGACGUCGGGGAUCAGCUGCUGCCUCACUCUUACUUGUUCCAAAAAGAGAGACUCUUCCAAUUUUUGAUAAUAAUAAUACAGACGGGGGAUCUCCAAAUACUCCUUUACCUUCUCUCUCAUGUUUUGAGAAAAUAUUAAAUAAUGGAACUUUGUAUCAUCCAAUUUCUACAAUUUGUCCUUCUAAUGGAACUGAAGAAAAUGGUUACCAAACAAUUCAUUCUCCAUCUACCUCAUCAUUCCCUCCUUCUGCUGAAUCUGGAAUUUUUGAUGAAAACGGUGCUGCUGUCCAAUUUGUGAAAACUAUUAAAAAAGAAGUAGUUGAAGAAGAUGACGAAUCUGAUGAUGAAGAGGAAGAUGGAGAAGAAGAGGAGGAGGAGGAAGAUUGGGAAGGGGGAGGGAAUGGAAGAAUGACAAAUACAAGACGAACAAGUGAUCUCAGUGCAAGUACAACAAGUACUAGUAUUUUAAAUAGAAGUGAUGAUGAAAUUAGACAAAGAAGAAGAAAAAGAUCAACAAAAACAACAAAUAAUUAUCAACAAUUAAAUAUUCAACAAAAUUUAAAUCAAAAUUUAAUUUUAUUAAAACCAUCAAUUUCCACAAUUGGAAUUAACGAGAAAGAAUUGGAAAUACGUGAACAACAAACAGAAUUUGAACGUUUAGUUAAUGAUUAUUCUGAACAUUUGCGUUGUAUGAAUCGUUUAUUGACGCCUAUAGAACAUUUUUUAACUGAACAAAAUUCUUCUUGGAGAACAAUUGAACCAACAGAUGUUGAACAAUUAAGUAAAGUUGAAUUGGGUGGACUUAUGUAUUGGAUUGAGAAAUUAACACCUUUUAGACAACUUGACAUUAAAGAUAGAGAAAUACUUUUUAAGGUGGAGUUUUUAAUUAAUAUUUGGUUGAUAUAA